CAUGUUAACCAUGUGAUGAUUAACAGCUAAUUAGCUUAAUUAAUUAAUUAAUUAGUCAAAAAACAUCAAAAAAAACUCUUUCAAAUUCUUUGUUUUUCAAACAAAAAAAAACAUUCGAAAUUCGAACGAAAAUGGUUCGUCGUCAUCAUCAACAACCGCAUCGAUCAUUAUCGUUUGCAAUGACCGAUACUAUCGAUACUAAACCAAAAGCAAUCGUUCGAAUAUCCAUUCUUGCAUUAUUAUUUGGUACAGGAUCAUGGAUUGCAUUAACUGGUUUAUGGUUAGAAAUGCCAUUGUUAUUACAACAAUUACCUGAACAAUGGCGUUUAGCAUCUUAUCUGAAUAUAAUGAUACAAUUAGCCAAUAUUGGACCAUUAUUAUAUUGGCUAUUAAAACGUUAUCGUUUUGUUAAUGAUAUUUCAGCAACACAUAUACAAAUGUUAAUCGGGUUAAUAUCCUGUAUAAUGUUAAUCGGUUAUUGGCGUAAAACUUUUUGGAUUUUUGGCCAUGAACAUUCAGUAAUCCUGUUGAUAUUUACCUUUGGUUUGGCAUUGGUUGAUUGUACAUCAUCGGUAACAUUUUUACCAUUUAUGGCACGUUUUGAUUCCAAUUUUAUGACACCAUAUCUUUUCGGUGAAGGUUUAAGUGGUUUUAUACCGAGUUUAGUUGUAUUGAUACAAGGUGUUGGUCAACAAACAACAACAACAAAAUGUAAGUCAUCUAUGACCGAUAAUUUGUUCGAAUAUCAAAAUUUUUCAACGGAAGAAACAAUCGAAACAACAAACAUCAUCGAUACUAUCGAUAUUAUUGACAAUAACAAAAACAAAUUGAUUGAGCCAAAAUUUUCUGUCGAAAUAUUUUUCACAUCAUUAUUCAUUACAUUGAUUAUCAGCUAUUUAGCAUUUAUUUUAUUAGAAUUUGCAUCAUUUACUCGAUGUGAACAACAACGUAUAAAACGUUUAAAUCGUUUUAAUCGUACAUUAUUGUUAAAUAAUAAUAUUGAUGAUGAUGAUGAUGAUGAUGAUGAUCUAAAUCUGGAUCUAAAUGAAACAGCAAAUCAACAACAACAACAACAACAAACUAUCGAUAAUCAUGAUAAUAAACAACAAAAAUCAUCAACAACAAAAACAACAACAAAAAAUGAAAUUAAUCAUACAAUCUAUUUCUAUCUAUUAGGUUUGAUGUUUUGGAAUAGUUUUACAACAUUUGGUUUUAUGCCACCAUUAUAGCCAUUUUCAGCAAUGCCAUACAGUGCUGAUACAUUACAUUUUGUUGUAAUAUUAACAUCCCUAUCAUAUCCGAUUGGUUGUUUUUUAGCAAUGUUAUUUGAAUAUCGUUCCAUUCGAAUGAUAACAAU